CUUAAAAGUGCACAAAGCGUGUAAUCUAGUACUAAAAACGAACUAUACGCGUGAGCCGGUCUCUGCGCAGUGAACUCCACGCUUGUGAUUCAUUGUCUGUUCAUCCCUACAGUGAGUGAGAGAGAAAGAGUCCCGUCCCUUCAAUUCAGUGGGCGUGGUGUGCGUGUGAGUGGGAAAACAAACAGCAGACAACCAACAGUACUUCCUACAUCUUCCUACAACUCGAGCGUUUCUCCUUCUUAUCUCGCGUCAGGCGUCUCUCUCGCGUGUAGUGUUUACAGUGAGUCCUGCUGAGCUCAGAGGACGCGUCCCAUCAUCACUAAAUGACGCGCCGCAGCGCUGCAGAUUUACAUCCACUCCACAGUUCCACACGCGUUCAACAUAGAUGGACCCGCAUCAUCUGAGGACUUCAGAGUGAUAUUACGGUUGUUGUGGGUUGUGUGUUUUUUUCUUUUUGUAAAAUGAGCGGAGGGGAAAUCAUCUGUCAGGGAUGGUUGAGAAAGUCGCCACCCGAGAAGAAGCUGCGGAGAUAUGCCUGGAAGAAGCGCUGGUUUAUCCUGCGCAGCGGGCGCAUGAGUGGAGACCCGGAUGUUCUCGAGUAUUACAAGAGUGACCAUGCCAAAAAGCCAAUUCGCAUCAUUGACCUGCACUGCUGCGAGCAAGUGGACGCAGGCCUCACCUUCAAACGCAAAGAGUUCCAGGACAGCUUUGUGUUCGACAUCAAGACGGCCGAGAGAACCUUCUACCUGGUGGCAGAAACGGAGGAGGAAAUGAACCGCUGGGUUCGCUCUAUCUGCCAGCUGUGUGGAUUCAACCAGUCAGAGGACAAUCAUCACGAUGAGAGAUCUUCCACCACCCACAUUUCCCGCUCCUUGGCUAAUGAUUUGGGUGGCUCUCUUGUCCCACUGAUUGGUGAACGUAAAACAUCUGUGCCCGCCCACUCCAGCCAGCCAAUGCUGUUCACAUUCGACAUACCUGUACGCCACUCCCAUGGUCCACUGUCUAACAGUGCUCCUCAGGACUACCUCUUCCUCCAUCAAUGCAUGAGCCGCAAAAGUGAGAGUGCACGGAGUGCCAGUUUCUCGCAGGCCUCGCGCAGCAGUCUUCUGGUGGGCAGUGACUCGGCAGUUCAGAGACUCACUCAUGGUUUCUCUCACUGUCUGAACGGCAUGGGCGCCCAGCUUCACGGUUUCUACAGCCUACCCAAACCCGGCAAGCAUCAGCAGGCCCCUUUGCGGACUGACUCGCGUGACGCUUGCUAUGUUCUGCCCAGGGGUUACAGCUCCGAAGGGCCAUCAGAGCUUGAAUCAGAAGACGUCUACACCUUUAAGACCCCCAAUAACACUCUAGCAGCCCCUCAAACCAAUGAGCAGCGGGCCCUCGACAACUAUGAUUCGCCCAGCAUUCCUGGCUCUGUCUACCAGAUCCCCCGCACGUUUGAUAAGAACCACAAUGCCCUGGUGCCAUCCAGUGCUGACUCCACAAAUGCACCUCCUCCCAGACCUCCCAAACCCAGCCAGGGUUCAGAGACACGGUGGGGCGGCCCGCUGUCCGUGGGGGCUCAAAACGGAGAGGUCGCCACAGUGUCCGUCAUCCCGAGGAGGAACACACUGCCGGCAGUGGAGAACAUCAAGCUUCACAGAGGAUCUUCUUUUGAGACCAGCAGUCACCAGAGGCCAGUCUACUUCAACAAUUCUGGUCAAUCAGUGGAGUCUGUAAAUGAUGGCUUCAGCUCUUACCUGAGAACUAAAGCUCCAUUGACCCGCUCCGAUAGUGCCGGCUCUGAGGAUAACUAUGUACCCAUGAAUCCCGGCUCGUCCUCCUCCCCUCUCAGUGCCGCCCUGGCUGACAGUCCUAAAAAUAAUUACAUUCCCAUGAGCCCAGGUCCUCACCAUUUUGAUUUCCCAGGAUUCUCAGCAACGUUGCCGGCCAGGAAGGGCAGUACAGCAUCACUAUGUCUCCGACCCGGCCGACUCAGUGACGUCACACCGCCACCAAUCAACCGCAACCUUAAACCUAACCGGACAGCAAAACCAACACCUCUUGACUUAAGGAACAAUGGCAUCAUUGAUGAACUUCCCUUCAAGAGCCUCAUCACCAUGUCUUGGACAAGACCAAUGCCUAUGAAUUCCAUCUCGUCACAGCACUGUCGGCCCAUCUCAACCCAGAGCAUCACCAGCACUGAUUCUGCAGACAGUGAGGAGAACUAUGUGGCAAUGCAAAACCCAGUGUCUACCUCCCCAGCAAUGAGUGGUACCAGCAGUCCUGCACCCAGGAAUUGUGGUAAUGUGGACUAUUUGGCCCUGGAUUUUCAGCCUGGCUCCCCUGGCCCACACAGAAAGCCAUCCACCUCUUCAGUGACCUCAGAUGAAAAAGUGGACUACGUCCAAGUGGACAAAGAGAAGACACAGGCCCUUCAGAACACCAUGCAGGAGUGGACAGAUGUGCGACAGUCAAGCGAGCCUGCUAAAGGCAUCAAGUCCUGAUGAUGUUCAAAUGUUGAUGUUCACACUGAAUGUGUUCCUCCCUGUCACUCGAAAUGCUCUUAUACCGUUACACCGUGAUCCAAACUGGUUUGCCUGGGACAAAAUAGUGAAUGAUGCACCAACUAAAGCCAUAGAUCCAAUUCAAUUGGUCAUUUGAAGACAAAAACCCCACUGAACCUCCUGGACUGUCAUGCCAUGCAUGUUAGACAUGUUUAACUUUUCAAAGUUCAGUGCAACCAAGCUUUAGCCACUUGCUCUCUAUGAGUGUGAGCGAAGAACUAUAAGUAGUGAAUCUUCUGUGGUAUGUGACAUGUUGGAAAUCAUAUUUAAAACUAGUUAUUGGUGAUGUGUGCAAAAUAUUCAAUGUUAAAAUACUUUCAUCACAGCUUAAAGGUCAGAGACAACUAAAAUCGCUUUUCCACCAUCGGGGCGAACCGUCUAUAAAUGAAAAAAUAAAUUGCAUUACCAAGCUAACGACUGAUGCAUUUGUAUUACAUUCCAAAGAGCUCUGUUAUCAGCCCCACAGUGGAAAAUAAAUCCAUAUCCAUACCGGCUGGGCCGGAUCAGCAUGGAAUGUAACAGUUAAGCAACAAGAACAGGUUUGCCCGACAGUGGAAAAGCAGCUUAAGUAAGCUAUUUGUAGUUUGAUUCCCCCUGAAAAAUGUAAACUCUGUGACUAUCAUUGCUCUGUUUUUUUGAGUAUCCCAACCAGCCUGACAUAGCAACACUGGCUCAACCAAUGCCGUAAGUUUGAGGUCAGCCUGACCAAUAGCAUACAGGUGGUGUGUUCGGAGAACCUGCUUGAAACUCAAAUCUGUUUGGUGGCGCUAGAUACAGAAAUUACACACUUAGUAAUUUUACACACUUUUCAAACAAAGGAUUUUCUGAAAUCAUGGUGGUCUGCCUUGCCAUUGCAAAUUUUUAUAGAUUCAUCAAAUACAGAUGAUCAUUGUUUUCCAAUUUUGAGUCAAACAGACCAAGUUAGAAAGAGAUUCUUGUAGCUUUUGUGUUAAAAGAUUGGGUUUUAUCACGCUUGGUCUGACAGUGGUUCACAUGAAUAUUGGCUUAUAUGUGAAUAAAAAUCUAGACCCCUUUAAAGCAAACCAAGGAGGUGAUCAUCUCAGGAGGUGGUCUGAACAUGUAGAGUUUGCUUAUAUUAUGCUUUGUAAAUGCAAAAGUAACACGCAACAACAAAAGUUGCGUUUCAUUUUCAUUCAUGGGGUCUUUAAAAAGAUAGUGAAAAUUCUGUCAUUCCAAAUUCCUACAGCAUAACCUUCAAGGACCUUGGACAUUUUACUAUAUAACUCCUUUUGUGUUUCACGCAGGGGUGUCGCAAUAUACUGGUUUGGAUAAAAUUGAAACAUUUAUGUUAAUACUGCACAUACAGUAGGUCAAUAUCAUACAUAAUCCAGUGCUAGUUACUAUCUGGUUGACACUCCAACACAGUAGGUGGCAGUAUUCCACAUUAAUGCUGGUUGCCACCCAUCAUGGAAAAAAAAAAAAAAAAAAAAAAAGGUGACAAGACACUCUAAAAAAAAAAUUCGUGGAUCGAUUCUGAUAUUUUCCAAAUGCAUCACAUAUUUGAUUCUGAGCUUAGUUUUCAACAGCAGAUGGCGCUCUAGGCUAUUUUUUUUUUUUACGCAUACGAAUGUACUUGCGCCUCAGAAUGCUUUUAUGACGCAGCCCACUGAAAAGACCCUUGUAAUUCGCUUCAACCUUUUCAAACUUUAUGAAUGAUUAUUUUAUAGAAGGUUCAAGUGGUGUGUGUAAGGAAUUAAAAGGAAGCAGAGUACUGCUGUUCCUAAAGCACGCAGUGCCAUCUGCUGUUAAAAACUAAGCUCAGAAUCGAUUCGAGAGAGAAUCGCGAUACAUACAGAAAACAUCAGAACUGAUCCAGAAUCAUUUCUUGAUUUGCGAUGCAUCAAUGUAUUGUCACAGCCCUAGUUUUUGUAUAGUUAUGGUUACAAACUCUCUCUCACCCAACACUCAUAUUUUGAGUAUGAUUCAUUUACCAAAAAAGAGAGAACACAAUAAAUAGUUGAAAGAUAAAAAUUCUAUACUGUAGAUAUCGCAAAAAUACUGUGAUUUCUUUUGGCCGUGAUAGUCUUAUAUUGUGACAUCCCUAAAGGCCCGUUCACAGCAUAGAUGAUAACUAUACAGCUUUAAUAACCGUUCUAAUUCAGUGAGAAUAGGGAAGUCUGCAUCACAGUCAUAACGACAACAACAAAGACACUGCUGGAAUCAUUUUCCAGCUGUUGAAUAAUAGCAACAUUGACAGCCAAUCAGAAUCCAAGAGCUCAAGCAUUUAAAGCAGCAGAUGACAAAACUGUAGUGCAUGCUUAGAAGAAACACAGCAUUAUCGUGCGUUGGUGUGGACACUAAUAUAGUUAUCGUUACAGUUAUCGUUCUUGGUGUUAACGGGCCUUUAGUUCAUGAGGUAAAUGAUGUCAAAAAAAUUUUUUUGGGUGAACUAUUCCUUUAGGCUUCCAGAACUUUGUCAGAAUGGUUACAGAUCCUCCUAAACUAAAGACUUUAAGGCAACACAUACUAAGGGCACGUUUACACGACAAUGAUGUACUAAAAACGGAAAAAUAUUUCCUUUGCGUUUUUCGCGUACAUACGACAACAUUGUCAAAACGAUCCCCGUUCACACGGAUCUGCGAAAAUGACUAAAAACGCUGUAUUAUGCUGCCAGGCCAGUAGAUGGCGAUGUCACUUUGUAAAGUAAAACUACGCGCCUAUAGACUGAACACGUAAUAUGCAUGAGCAUGACGUCACCGUUUUCACAAAUUUGCGUUUUUGUAGAAUAAUGGUAUCGUUUCAAAAACUUGCACUUUGAAACCAUGCUCCCACAACACAGUUGUUGUGUAAAUGAACGGCCAAAAAGUUUUGCAGUUGAAAACAGUGUCAUGUAAAUGGCUCCUAACAGACCAUCUCAUUUUACUUUGACAAAAAUGCACUUCAAAGUAUUCAGUGGGCAGUGUUUUACUUUGCAUGUAGUCUGCUUAGGGAUAAUGUGACCAUCUUUCCCUAUAACACAUCGCUUCCCUGGCUGUUAUUAAGGAAUAUGUUAGAGCAAACUUACAUAUAAACAAACAAACAAACAUACAAUAAUUGAUCUAUUCAUAUACUAAUAAACACAUACUAGUUGUUAAUAUCCUUCAAGCUAAUGUGUUUUUGUUACAGGGGAUGUAUGGAUAGACAGUUAAAAACGUUCACAUUUAUCAACAUUUUCAAUUUUAUACUUUGCUCUCAGAGCAGUUUGAGUUAUUUUCAGCAAAAGUCUUCCAAAUAUACACUGUUCCUAGUUUCAGCAAACUGGCUGGUUAAUGCGAACAGCUGUAGCUGUAAAUCAGUCAUGCUUUAUGCCUGUUGAGAUUAGUGGAAGGACUCUUGCAGGGAGCAUGUUGUGUUUUUGACAGACACCUUACAUGUUUUUUGGGCUGGACAAGCUGUUUUCUGAACAUUUUCGGACCAGGGAGCAUAAUGGAAGGGGUACAAAAAAUUACACACUUCUCUGUUAAACUGUGAUUUUCAUUGUAAACAUUGGUUCAGCUGUGGAGAGUUAGAACACUGUUUUGUGGGGGUUUUUGUGUUUUUCAGCAGCCUAAAUAUGUGAUAAUAUUAGCAUCAUUUAAAGUUAAGGAGAUAUUUUAGAAAUGUAAUUAUAUUUAAAUGUGCUUGCUCAAGCAUAGGGGUAAAAAUAAGCGCCAUAUUCAGUUGAACUCAAAAUAGCCCAUUAUUCAUUUUCAGUCAUGAAGACUGUAGAAUUUCUCAUUUCAUUCAGUAUUUUAUGGUGGGCUGGGACCUCCAAAUAAUACGCAGUUUCUAGCAGUUUUUUUGCCUUUGAAAUCUACAUCAUUUCAUAUUCCAAAACCAUUUUGUAUUAAGUUCGUUUAAACUUUGCAUAUGAGGUUGUAAGUGGUCUGGACUUGUUAAAUAAACCUUGUGUAGAUUGUCUGUUAGAUCCAAAUCCUUUCAUCUGUUCAGUGGAUUAUUUAAAAAUGUGCUUUACAAGACUGACCUUAUUUUAUGAUGUUGAACUCUGUGGGACAUUUAGUGGCACUGGCAUCGGCCUUAACAGUUCAUUAACAUUUACGUGAACUUACAGGCUGAAAUUGGUUUCUUAAUGUCUUUUUCUAUUCUGAAAAUGAAAUGUAAUGUAUUGUUAUGGAAGAGUACUAGUAAAUGAAUAUAAUACUUGUGUGUGAGCUGUAGUAGAAUUUAUGCUGUAGUUUCAGUGGCCAAAGUGGGACGGACGAGAAGAACUACUUUGACAAAUGUCUUUAAUUGAGUGCAUUUUUCUGUAAAGCGUUUCUGUUCCAACUCUUUGUCGCUUGUAAAUUAAUUUAUUAAUUUAUUAUGUGUUUUGCAGGUGGACGAAAGAUGUACAAAGAAUGAACUUGUGGCUCUACUAACAUUAAUUUAUGCUAUGUGUGCUGAUUUUGUGAAGCUAUAUGCAAAGCAAAGCCAGUAAAAUGGUCAAAUGUGGUA